GUGAAAACCUUUUUUCUCUCGCAAAAGCCAGCAGAAUCUUUUGAAACAUCAAUUUCUCUGAUUGUGGUCAAAUUAUAUAGACCCCCAACGAGCGAAUCGGACAUUGGUUCCCCAAUUUCUCUGUGGCAUGAAUUCUGUAAUUGCCUACGGAGUCGACGAUAAUGACCUGGAUGAUGCCGCGUUGUGGGCGGUGAUCGAUUCCGCUGCCGCCGCCUCCAUCACCUCCAGGACGACCACCGUCGCCACAGUUCAACAAUGUAAACCUCUUGCUGUCAAGCACUCUCCUACAGUCCCCUUCCCCUUAUCCUCCCCCCAAUGUGGGCUUUCUAAAAGCCCUAGAAAGCAUCCUCACCCUGAUGGCGAGUUCUUCAAUCAAGGCUCGAAUAAAAUUACCAAGUUUAACAGUCCGGCUUCUUCCUAUCGAAGCAGCAUGAGUACGCCACCUCUGGCAAUGGUGAAACACCAGCAACGCACGGCGGCUACGCCGGUUCAUUCCUCUCCUCAGGAAACAAGGUAUCCUGUUACAGAAUUAGGUUACCGUAGUAAUAGUCCAGUUAGCUCUGAGUGUUCCCCUGGGACGAAAAUGAACCAUGGAAGAUGUGAUGAUAGAGCAGGAAUUACAAGGCAUAGCUUGUGUGGUCAGUUCCCGUCAGUGGAUCUGUUCAAGGAGUACCAAAAUGCAGCAAUGGCGAUAUUGGAGAGAAGCGAUUACACAAUUAUUUCAGGAAGUCCUUAUAUUAAAAAAUCAGGAUGGAGGAAAAUAUCAUUUUACUUCAACGUAUCUUAUGAAAUCAAAGACAAGACCAUUGAAUUUGAUGACAACCGCAAUGUUGUGCGAGCUGAAUUUGUGGUCCGGGCAUAUAUGCAUCUUUUUUAAUCUUUUUUCCCAGGGGGGGUAGGUUUUCAGAUGGAUGGGGUUCAUGUGAGAGGCGUGAGAAAAGAUUCAUGAAACCAAAUCAUGAUAUUCCAAGUACAGCAGAAACAAGGGCAAAAAAUAAAGCUUGCCAGGAUCUGCUUGGAAUUGGAGAAUAUCGGCCUGGUGUUAGCCGUUCUUAGUACUAUGAAUUACUGCGUAGUAUUUUUUUCAAAGUGAUUAUUGUCAACAGCAGUUACCUAUGCCUAGAUUUUAUGUGCUCAUGAUUCAUGAGCCUCUAACUUCAUUAUAAUCACCCCAAGCAACUUAUUUUAUUCAUUCAGUCAUUUCACUGUGGUAUCUAGGUGGGUACUUUAAUUCAUCUGUAUGCAUCACCCCUCUUGAUGGAGUAUACAAUGGUUAAUAAUUCAACUUAUUUUAACGCUGCUGUCUCAUUCAGAGAUUACUUUGGUUAAUAAUUUUAUUGUAUCAAUACAUACUUUUUGACA